UCUGACCCUACGGCAAUGUUUCCUAGCAAAAGCCUCUGUCGCUCCUAGGAACUCCCCAAAGCUAAGGGGAUAGGAGUGUGCCGCGAGCCCGUCCUCAGUCCCAAGUGUGAGGGAUCCUCGAGUUUCAUGGGCCUCAAGCAGACCCUCAGUGAGCUGAGGACUCAGCUGGCAACACUUGGUCUCUGCUUCGUCAAGAAAAUCCUUGGGAAAGGUAAGCACCUUCCACCCAGUGAUCUAGCUUUAGAUUUUGUCAUGGCAGCACAUCUAUGGCAACAGCAGGAAAAACACACUGAUGAUCUUGAUGAACUCAAAUGGCAGUCACUAAAAAUUAGGAAAGCUAGAACAGUCCCAAAGUCAACCCUAUUCCCUAGCUGUCACUUAGUUCCAUUAGUUUUCUUGCUCCUUGGGGUUAUCUCUUAUCUUUCAGUGCUGCCCAUGGGCCAUCAGGACUCCAGUGUCACCAGCUUCACUAUCUCUUGAGCUGCCCUGUGUCCCCCAGUCUUGAGCAGAUUAAUUGCCUGCAGGUGACACAUGCUUGGAGCUGCUCUUCACAAGGCUGCAGAGCCCUGCAGACCUCUGAAUCCUGGGGAACCUUGCACAAGUACCUUGGAGAUAAUGCUGAGACAAAUAUCUUUGCAAUGCUGCAGAAAUUUCCCCAUCUCCCGAUGUCCCACCUUUGUUUUCCUCAGUUUGCUAAUUCAAAUGCAGAGAAAUAUGUGAAAAGUAAGGAGAAUGGGAUUCUUAGAUUUGCCAGGCAGAAGAAUUUUGCUCAUAUCAAGGGUUCAAUGCCAGAUUUUAUGCUUGUAAAACAAGGGCUUGGUGGCCCAUUUUACUGCUCUCUCUCCCCCCACCCCAGUGGCCCUAAGCCUGCAUUGACCUGCAUGUCCUAGCAGGAUGAACAGCUCUCCUCUUCUUUCCCAGGAAUCACAAUGCUGAACAACGAAGUUGUCCCUCCGGAUGUGGACAGGAAGAGCCUCCUAAAAUAUUACUGCGAGCUGAACUGGGACAUGAGCACAGCCAGCGAGGAGCUGCUGCUGCUGCAGGAGACACGGUCGGUGCUCAACGUGUGCGUCCUGCUGGACACCUUCGCCACCUCCUGCCCAGGCUUCAGCUGCUGGCCCCAAGUGGCAUGCUCGCGGAGCCUGUGCGAGGGCCGCCACUACUGGGAGGCCGAGGUGUCCGACUCGUGGCUCUGCCUGGGCGCCACGUACAGCUGCCAGCGCCAGGCGGGCAAGAGCCACGUCUUCUACCUCAUGGGCAGGAACAGUGCCUCGUGGUGCCUCGAGUGGGACUCGCUCCAGCUCUCUGCCUGGCACGACAAUGUCCAGACUGCCCUGAAGGGCGGCUACUACCGCACCAUCGGCGUCUUCCUGGACUACGCCGCCGGCUCCUUGACCUUCUACGGCAUCACCAACACCACCAACCUCAUCUACCGUUUCCUGGCCACCUUCACAGAGCCCCUCUACCCAGCCUUCAUGGUGAGCAGCGGUGGCUCCAUCACCUUGAAGCGACACCCUGAAUAGAGGAGUUUUCUGACACCUUUUUGGGCACUUUUAAAACUUCCAUCCAUCACACAGUGGGGUGUGAUUCCUGGGGGCUGGUGUGGUUUUUGGGCUGGUCCUGCAGCUGCUCUGCAGUUCGUGAUUUAGGGCAACCCCAUCUCCUCAAAAGACCCAGUUUUCAGGGAACACCAUCCUCCUCCCCAUUGCAAAUGCAGGAAGUUUCCUUUGCAAAGGCAGGGAAUUCCCUUCACAAACACACCAGCAGCUUCCCCAGACCCCCAGUAACCUCAGCCAGGCCCCAGCAAAGCCCUCAGGGCUGUUUGCACAGCAGACAUCCCUGCACUGUCCCAUCACCACUCCCAGGAGGCAACACUGGGACACAAACCCACAGAGCAGCACAAGGCAAUGCAGCAGGUUGGGGGCAGCAGUCAGGAGAGAGGGGCCAGCCCACAUGCAAACCCCAUACAGGC